AUGACAAUCGACUCCCUGCAAACGGUUCUGAUCACUGGCGCUGGCGGCUGGCUCGGCUCGCUGCUGCCACAGACGCUGGUCGAACGAAGCCCCAACACCCGAUUCAGCUUCAUCCUCGCCGAUGUCGUGGCACCCAAACAUCCCAAGGGCCUCGCCGCCAAGGUGAUCACGCACCAGGCAGACCUCUCUGACCCUGCGAGCCUCGACGCGCUCUUCGCCACCGAGUUUGGCCACCCGGACGUCGUCUACUCGAUGCACGGCAUCAUGAGCCUGGGCAGUGAAGAGAACUGGGACCUCGGCAUGAAGAUCAACUUCGACAGCACGCGCCUGCUCCUCGAAAAGGCGCGCCACUCGCGGCCUGCCUCGGGCGAGCCGGUGCGCUUCGUCUUCACCUCGAGCGUCGCCACGUACGGCGGGGAGCUGCCCGACGUGGUGCUGCCGUCGACGAGCUGCACGCCCGAGGGCGCCUACGGGACCGCCAAGCUGAUGGGCGAGUACCUCGUGAGCGAGUACAGCCGCAUGGGCUUCGUCAAUGGGCUCUCGGUCAAGCUGCCGACGAUUGUGCCGCGGCCGGGCGUGCCGUCGCGCGCGACGUCGGCGUUUGUCUCGAGCAUUGUGCGCGAGCCCCUGGCGGGCGUGCGGGCGACGUGCCCCAUCGGCACGUCGCCCGACGACCCGCUGCUGAGCACGACGGGCGUGUGGGUGGCCAAGCCAUCGACGACGCUCAUCAACCUCGCGCACGCCAACAGGGUCCUGGCAGACAAGGAGAUGGUCGCCAAAGUCGCGCGGUGGUCCCGCAGCGUGCAGCUGCCCGGCUUCACCACCACGGUGCGUGAGAUCAUCGAUGCGCUCCGAGAGGUCAGGGGUGACGAGGCGGUGAAGCUCAUCACGUUUGACGACGACGAGACGUGCCGGCGCAUCGUGUCGAGCUGGCCGCGCAGCUUCGACAACAGCUACGCCCAGCGCCUGGGUUUCAUUGUGGACACAGACGGCUUCGCGGGCGCGAUCAGAGAGUACAUGAGGAACUCGAUGUGA